AUGUCGACAAAACAAUUCUACCUGUUGGGCGAGGUUGCCACCACCGCCCGAGAGAUUGAACUAUCACCGGCUAUAGAUUUCGAGGAGCUGCAAAGUAUUGUUGCCUCCCAUUUUGCCAUUGUCAAACCCAAUAGUGUUGGUUUUAUCCACGAUAGCCGAAAACUCAACGUCGUAUCUGAAGUCCUCGAGAUAGACGACCCUAUAGCUAUCUCUAUCAAUGGAAACGCCGUGAGAGACGUUCCUGGGCCCGCAGGUAUCCCAUAUUUCGGUAAUUAUCUCGAAAUUUAUCCUGACCACCUCGGCAAUCAUCAAAGACUGUUCGAGAAGUAUGGACCGCUCUUUACCACAAGCAGUAUGGGGAAUCGUCUGUAUCAAACCAAUAGCGCUGAGCUCUCGAAUAUCUUUCUGUCUGAAGACCACUACUUCACCAAGGACAUCGUUCCUGGUCAUCCUUUGCAUCCUAUCAAGAAUCAAGAAGCAGGAGUUUUCUUGGCUGAUACAGAUACCGAGCAAUGGCGACUUGCCCAUAAGUUCCUACCGCCAGCGCUGGGGCCAAAGGCUGUGAGGCAUUAUGCACCCACUAUGCAGCGCACGGUUGAAUCAUCAUUCAAGGUCUUUGACGAGCUAGACCAAAAGGGUGAAGCAUGGAAUGUCUACCAGUAUAUGCUUAAGCUUGGCUCUCAAGCUGUUGGCAAACUCGUUUUGGGUAUGGACUUUGCUCAUUUCGAGCAGGUCGACUCGCCGUUACACGAAAUGGUUCUCAAGAUUGCCGAAAACCUCGAGUUGAAUAAGCGUGUAUCUUCUAUGGGUGCUUGGUACGCCCAGAUGCCCUUUGGUGACCCGAAGAAGGUCCGUCAGACGAUGGCCAGGAUUAUGGAGAUGAUGGACGAGUCAAUCGCCAGAGCCUCCAAAGGCCAGGAAGACCUCGAGCUCCAAGAUGCAGCUCUAAAGGCGGACAACGUUGGCAACAAACUUCCACCUUCGCAGUUUGCACCAGCUCUUCUCGUUGCUACUGCAGCCGGCUUUACAACCACGUCGUCGUUACUAUCUUGGUUGAUCUACAGUUUGGUCAAGUACCCAGGCAACCAAGAACGUCUCCUUCAAGAGCUUAUUGACAACAACUGGGAUGAGGAUACCCAAGUGACCGCCGACACUACGAGUAAACUGACCUUUCUCGACAAAUUUAUCAAGGAAACGCAGCGUCUCCACAAUCCAUCAUUCCAGCCUGGUCGCACCGCAAAGGUUGAUAUGAUCCUCCCAGGCGGAUAUCGUCUCCCAAAGGGUGCAGUAGUCAUCUCAGCGCUUCACCACAUGCACAACAAUAAAGACGUAUGGGAGAAUCCAGGACGUUUCGACCCCGAUCGUUGGGACACAGAACAGGUCAAGAAUAGACCUCCUGGCUCAUAUAUUCCAUUCGCAACAGGGCCUAGAAUGUGUGUCGGAUUCAAUUUUGCAUUACAGGAGAUCAAGGUUUUCUUACCUAAACUUGUCUAUCGAUACAAGUUCAGUUUGGCGCAGGAUGGGCCGAUUGAGUAUGACCCUUACUUUCAGUUGAUUCGACCCAACAAUUUGUAUAUUCAUGCAGAGAAGCGAGUGAAGUGGCCGCCGAAGUCGGAGUAG